GCAGGCAGAAGAGCCUGGAGACAGACGAAACCUAAACUUUCUUCCUUCCUAGCUGCUCUCCACCAGCUCCCACCAUGAAGAAGGAAAUAUUAACCCUGGCCUUUGCUCGCUCUGUCUUCGUCGAGUUUAUCUCCACGCUCAUCUUUGUCUUCAUCGGCCUCGGCUCAGCCCUGAAGUGGCCGUCUGCCCUCCCCAGCAUCCUUCAGAUCUCCCUGGCGUUUGGCCUGGCCAUCGGCACGUUGGUGCAGGCGUUUGGCCACAUCAGCGGCGCCCACAUCAACCCGGCGGUGACCAUCGCCUUCUUUGUCGGGAACCAGAUCUCCUUCCUCCGGACGCUCUUCUACGUGAUCGCCCAAUUGGUUGGGGCCAUUGCUGGGGCUGGCAUCCUCUACGGCGUGACACCAGCCAACACCCGUGGCAACCUGGCCAUCAAUGCACUCAACAACAACACAACCCCGGGCCAGGCCCUCGUGGUGGAGAUCAUCCUCACCUUCCAGCUGGCCGCAUGCAUCUUCGCAUCCACAGACAACCGCAGGAACGGCAACGUGGGCUCCCCGGCGCUGUCCAUCGGCUUCUCCGUUGCCUUAGGCCACUUGGUGGGGAUCUACUUCACCGGCUGCUCCAUGAACCCAGCCCGGUCCUUCGGGCCCGCGGUCAUCGUGAGGAGGUUCAGCCCAGCACACUGGGUGUUCUGGGUUGGACCCAUCCUUGGGGCUUGCCUGGCUGCUCUGCUCUACUUCUACAUCCUCGUCCCCUACUGCAUGAACAUGUCAGAUAGGGUUGCCAUCAUCAAGGGCACCUAUGAGUCAGAGGAGGAGUGGGAAGAGCAGAGAGAGGAGAGGAAGAAGUCCAUGGAGUUGACCCCACCAUAGGAACAGCUGGGGAAAAAAACCCCAAACAACAACCAACCAAGCAGAAGGAGGGGAGGAAGCCCCACACAUGGGCUCAUGUGUGCACCAAACCCAGCUACGGCAGGCUCUUCAGCAAAAGUCUUGUAACUCAAAGACCUAAGUGCCUAAGAAAGAAAGGACUAUUGCAGUGUCUGUAUAUAAUCCCUCUACCUGAGCGCUAGAACCUCUCCUAGCUUAGCUGCAGCCACCUAAGCCCACCAAAGGAGCCUCAGCCCAGGGCAGCCCACCCAGGUGGGACACAGCCACAAUUCCCAGAGGCUCAAGACCACGCGUUCUGGCACACACAGGAUUUCACCCCUGCCUCUGACGGCCCAGGGGAUGGAAAUACCGUGUAGGUACCAGCACAGAAGAAUGACAGCUUCGGGCAGGUGGGUGUAGCAGCCCCCCCCCCCAGCUUUCUCCCUGCCACAGGGCCCACGCUGCUUAUAGAUGCUCUUUCAUGCAUUAGCUGAUGCUGGUGAGUCCUACUUAUUUGUGGCUGCAGAAGGAAAGUGA